AUGAAAGGCUCGCGGAUCUUAUCCGUUUCCCCCUUCUCCAAACUCCAUGUCCCGUUGCCCCGUACUCCCCGCCAGUCCCAGCAACUGCUCAAUGCCCUUACGUCCUCCUUCCGUCGUCAGCUCGAUCGUGAAUAUCCCACUACCCCCCCCUCUUCAGACCAGUCAUCCACGCCGGGGAAUAGUACAGAUGGGGAUCGUUCGACCGACCAUCAUCACUCCUCCGCUUAUGCGACCGACCGGCAUCUCCGGACCAUCCUGGAGAACCCCCUGUUUAGCAUAUCCCCCCCCAAGUCUUCCACCUCACACGGCGCGCCGCCUGCCGGAAAUAUCGAUAAGCAGAGACUGGCCAAGGAGCCGAUGGUAGUCUUUGACGAGCUGGUGGCCUCGGGCUCCGUCACGUCAUAUGCUCUCCACAACUGUUUGAAGUCGCAGCUGUUGCUCGCCAGUCCUCAUUCUCCGGAGGGGCUUGUCAAGGCUUUGAGGGACUCCCGUGCGGGCUCCAAAGUCGUCGCCUGGUGGUUCGCCUCCGAUUCGGAGACGAGGAAGCUUCUUUUCGCCUCCAGUGGAUUGAUCAAGUCCCUCACAAAGUUUAUGGUGGCGGAAGAACUGUCUGGGGUGGUCUUUGUUUGGCUGCGGAUGUUGGCCAGUGGUGACCUUGGGGGUCUCAAUGGUUCCAUAUCCGACACCCAGUCUAGAGAAGGCUUUGCCCUUCUCCUAAAUCACUUUAUUGACGCGGAGGCGCGCUACGGAGGCGGAUUGGCCUCGUGCGUACGUCAAUUCCUGGACGCUUACAAGAUGUGUACUGAAAUCUCCCCAUCAUCCUCCGACGCGGCAGUUAUGCGAGCCGGGUUUGUGCUGUGCCAUCUCGUGGUGAAAACACCCACCCAUGCCCAAGAAAUCCCAGUGCAUUUGUACGAAGACUUCAGGAGUGUGAUGUCCACUGUUACGCCGAGAUCCUUAUUCGAAGCUGCCGUUUCCCUCUACCACCCAACCCACCCCGAUACAGCCCCAUUCCUUGGCUACGUGGAGAGACUCCGGCCGGGGUACUUUGAAGCAUGGCCAAAGAGGAAGCGGGAUUUCUUCAUGCACCUAGGCUUCGAUGCUCUGAACAUCUUGGUUGACUCGGAUAAGGAGCAAGAGUGCGUAUACUUGGCGCGCUUCAUGCAGCAGCAGUUACAUGGCAAGUCAGAGCAAAAGAGUUUGGAUCGAAGUGGCGACCAUGCUCCAUCUAAAAUGAAGGAUGUCCUUGCCAGAUUGGAUCUGGCGUUCACCUGA